AUGCUUUCAUCCACUGGCCAAUCCAGAUCCAUGCGCAGAGGGCUGCGGUCACGUUACAGUCACGGGACUGAAAAAUCCCAGUAUUUCGGUGCAAACAGUUGCAGCCCAAAAAGAAACUCACAAUCAUCAGGCGUGAAUCACAAAUCCGGGCUGGCUGGGCAAGGACGAUUUACCGGAACUAUCGAGCCAAAUCCUGGUUACGGAAGUACAAUUGCCACAGGCAAGGCUGGACUAGAAACAUCCGAAGUAAGACAGCUCGCAAGAGAAGGCAGAGGGGUGGCAAAUCGAAUCGCGAGUACCGAGCUUGAGCAGCUCGCAGUAUCUGCCAUGGCUGAUGUACAGAACUGGCAUCCUAUCAUAUUGGCCGAGGAAGGCAGGCAAAUGAAGAUAAACCCUGCACCCGAGCGGGGACAAAUGCGGGAUUAUUCGUCUGCAGAUGUGGGAGAUCAGCUGAAGAGAAUCAGUCCCUAA